AGACAACUGAUAAAAAUCAUAAACUCAUCAUUUACAUAAAUUGUUUUAUUUGAAUGUUUACUAUAAAAUAGGGAAAUUAUGAAAUUUAUAUUCAGAGGUUAAAGAUCUUUUCAAGAUCACCAGUUAAGGGCAGAAUUAGACCAACCUCUGGACUGAACCACAUCUUUGAUGCAGUUUUUAAUUAUAUUAUUUUAAUAAGAGAACUUUAAAGAAACUCUUAUUGUCAGUGUUCUCCUAAACCUGUAUUUAUAGCACUCCAUAACAAUUACUAUUUACAAUAAUGACACAAAUUUCCAGGGCACAUAUAAGAAAGGAUUUAUAUUUUUCAAUAAAGGCUGAAUGAAACAUAGAAGGCUGGAGAAAACAAAGAGUGAAUUUUCAGUUCACCAAAAUUUUUAUUGAAGCUGUAAGCCUUAAGCAAAUUUGUAUGCACCUUUGUGUAUAUCUUAAGUUUCUUAAGCAGUCAUAUUUGUAGGCACGUUUUUCAGAGUCUCCAGGUUUUUUUACAGUAGGACAAAAACCCACUUAAAUUACCUCUCAUUACCUCUCUCCUCUCUUACAGUCCUUUGCUCUCACAAGGCUGAUUGGGUCUUCCAGGACAAGCAAGUUCUUGCAUAUUCCUAUUCCUUGAAAAACCUUCUAGUUAGUGGUCAUCUGAUAGCUUUUCACUUCUUCACAUCUUUCUUGUUAAAUUCACUGAAUCUAUAAACUGUGUAUCAGUACAAAUGUUUUAUUAAUAUAAAAAAUAAUUUUGUUUCACUUCUCAUUUAUUAGACUUUCAUGGGUGGACUCUCUUAAAUCUGUAUUAACUAUAGUAAGCUGCUACGAAUGCUUGUAGUGCUAUAUAAUUAAUUCCAUCAUCGCAUCCUUAAAAUAUGCCAGCACGUGGCGCUUGCCCCUCCCUUUCUCUCCCUCCGUCCCCCUUCUCACACACACAUACACACACACACACACACACGCACACGCACACACGCGUGCGCACAGCGCACACCAAACUGCCAUUCUCCAGCAGGCCUGCUUCUGGAGUUGGGAGAUGUCAGCCUGCUGGGAGGGAGUGGGGGGAGGAGGAAGAGGUGGGGCUCUACUCUGAUUAAUUACCUUAGGCAUUCAGGGGUGGGGCUUCCUUCAGCCAUCUGCCUGAGAUAUGGGAGGGAGCUGGAGAAAGAAGGAGGGGGAGAGACUGGCAGAGAGGAAAAGAAAGGAAGAAACAUUAGAAAGAAAAAGGAAGGAAAACGGUAUAAAGGGAGAUCAAUUACCCACCCUCAAAUAGCUAGAUUGGGGGGGAGGGGGGUGGAAAAGAAAGCUGUGGAGGUGUGCCCCUGCCCGGCUGCUUUGAAGGGUUUAUCAUCUAUUCGUUUGGUUUAUGGAGAAAAAGAAAAUGGUAACUCAGUUUUGCAAUUGAAUCCAGGUAAUUUUAAUAUUUGACAACCUACUACUGAAAUUUGUAUUGCUGUAGAAGACAUCUUCACAUUGAAAGGCAGUGACAUUCUUCAUUCCUCUCAAUGAUAAGGGUAACCAGGAGCCAACAACAACUCCUGACGCGAUGGUUCAGCCUUUUACUACCAUCCCAUUUCCACCACCUCCGCAGAAUGGAAUUCCCACAGAAUAUGGGGUGCCACACACUCAAGACUAUGCCGGCCAGACCGGUGAGCAUGACCUGACACUCUACGGAAGUACGCAAGCCCAUGGGGAGCAGAGCAGCAACUCACCCAGCACACAAAAUGGAUCUCUUACGCAGACAGAAGGUGGAGCACAGACGGAUGGCCAGCAGUCACAGACACAAAGUAGUGAAAAUUCAGAGAGUAAAUCUACCCCGAAACGGCUGCAUGUCUCUAAUAUUCCUUUCCGCUUCCGGGACCCUGACCUCCGGCAGAUGUUUGGGCAGUUUGGCAAAAUCCUAGAUGUAGAAAUAAUCUUUAAUGAACGAGGCUCUAAGGGAUUCGGGUUCGUAACUUUCGAGAAUAGUGCUGAUGCAGACAGGGCCAGGGAGAAAUUACACGGCACCGUGGUAGAGGGCCGUAAAAUCGAGGUAAAUAAUGCUACAGCACGUGUAAUGACCAAUAAGAAGAUGGUCACGCCAUAUGCAAAUGGUUGGAAAUUAAGCCCAGUAGUUGGAGCUGUAUAUGGUCCAGAGUUAUAUGCAGCAUCCAGCUUUCAAGCAGAUGUAUCUCUAGGCAAUGAUGCAGCAGUGCCCCUGUCAGGAAGAGGGGGUAUCAACACUUACAUUCCUUUAAUCAGUCUCCCUUUAGUUCCUGGCUUCCCUUACCCUACUGCAGCCACCACGGCAGCCGCUUUCAGAGGAGCCCAUUUGAGGGGCAGAGGGCGGACAGUAUAUGGUGCAGUCCGAGCGGUGCCUCCAACAGCCAUCCCCGCCUAUCCAGGUGUGGUUUACCAGGACGGAUUUUACGGUGCUGACCUCUAUUCAGCUGAAGAAAUGUUAACAUCUCACUCUAAAUCUCUCAGUGGAGUCUCUGUUCCCUUCUCUGAUAUAACAGAUGGGGUGGAUAUGCAGCCUACAGAUAUGCACAGCCUGCUACUGCAACCGCAGCCACCGCUGCUGCAGCCGCUGCCGCAGCUUACAGCGACGGUUAUGGCAGGGUGUACACAGCCGACCCCUACCAUGCCCUUGCCCCUGCCGCUAGCUAUGGAGUUGGCGCUGUGGCGAGUUUAUACCGAGGUGGCUACAGCCGAUUUGCCCCCUACUGAAGUGACGUGAGACCCCUGCAAAUGGGACAGCCCCCCAGUUCAUGAGGCCUGGCUAUUGCAAUAUUUACUAGUAGAGGAACUCUAUAGCAAGAUGAAGAGGAAAAACAAACAAACAAAAAAACACACAAAAAAAGAAAGAAUACUUUUUAUACCUCACUAUGUUCUUUGAAUAUGUAUUUUUCCUUUAAAUUUCUGCCUUUAAUUCUUUUGUUCCAAAGAUUGUGCAUUUUUUUCUUUUUUCUUUUUUUUUUAAACUGUGGUAAAAAAAAAUAAUAAUAAUGCAUUUCCAUGUCUGUAUGUCCGUGCUUAGCUUAUUCUGUCAAUCAUGGAAGAGGCAGUCAAAGAGGAAGGAGAGACAUUAGGAGCUGAUAAAUGCAUCUGAUCAGAAAUCAGCAGGCAGAAUUACCAAAGUGUAUCUGGUGCUGAAUGGCUGGGGGACAAGCAGAAGUGGAAGAGAUAUUUCUGCAACAGGAUAUUCUUCUAGUCUUCUGAGUUUCUGGUCUUUGACAGGCAAUUCUGGUUGGCCGUGGCUGGAAUCCACAUGCUGAUAGAUAGGAAUUUGUGCUUAUAAAGCAGGGGAAUUAAAAAGACGCUUUCCUCUCCUCUUCCCUCCUGUCUUCUCCAUUCUUUUUACAAUCAUCUUACAUGAACAGCCUGAGACAGUUGACAUAGUUUUUGGAAUUAUAGUAUUGAUAUUUCCAAACGUGCUCUCAGACUGUGGAUAAUAAACACCUCAUUAGGAAACCAAUCUCAGAAUGAACUCUGGAGUGUGAAAAGAUCAUUUAUUUUUGUUCUGUAACCUGGCAUCCCUUCUGGACUUCUUCUCCUUUAAUUGAACCACAGCUUAGCUCAUCUAUUCUUUUAUUAAUACCCUGCUCUCAUGUCCAUAAGAUUCAGGAAUUUAGGACCCAGGGACAGAAAAAUGAAUAAGCCAGUGACCAGAUUUCCCCCAGAUGUCUGGGCACAGCUUGAAGAUUAGACAUACAAAUUGUUCACAGCCAUUAAAGAGGGCAUGGAAGAGAAAAGGAAUAUUUGAAGAUCUGAUAUUUCUUCCUUUUUUUUUUUUUGCCUCAGAAAGUACAAAGUUUAAAAAUAGAAUAAAAAAUCUGCUGGGGAAAGGUGGAGUACCAGGUCCUAGGUCAGCAGUCCCUGGAAGUUUUGGUGAUUAGGACAUGCAAGGGCAGGCAGAGGCACUUUGUACGUGCUCCGAAGCCAUAGGAAUUUUCAUCUCCCAGAGCCUUUAUGAGUCACUUCUCUAUCCACAGUCUUGAGCCCUGCUGUGGCUAUCCCGCCAAGCUUCUCACUGUCCUCCAAAGACACCCGGCUGAGCACCUGAACCACUUUGUAUACAUUAACACUACAGGACAUAAAAUGUGUAGCCCCUGAGAUUGCUGCCCUCCUAUGUUGGAAUGAGGGUCUGAAAUGGCAAGGGUCUUCUGUAUUGCCAGAAAGAGUCAUGCAGUGGCAGCGGCAGUGAGUCACUGCCAUUGCUGUCUGGCUAUAAUUUUCUAUAUUAUUAAGGUAGGAGAGAAAGUGUUUCUCUUCUAGCUAUUAGAUAUAACUGAUAAAAGCAAGUGUCCUACAGCAUUUCCAAAAUGAAGGCAUUAGGAAAUAGAAAAACACGGUCUUUUUGGCUCCCUGGUCUAUUCACAUUGGUACUAGGGUGACCUUUCACCCAAGGGACAGCUGCUAAAGGGAGUAAUUCAGAGACAUGGAGCUUCUGGUUUGUUAUGGGUUUGCUUUUGGUUUGUUUUUUAACUCCUGCCUCCACACAUGUUCUUGACUGAUAACUGACUCAUGUCCCUGAAUUAAAAUGACUGACCUAUGACAGCAUCAAGCAUUCUUUGGAAACAGAGUGAUGUAUCUGAGAGGGCAUUGGCCUGUCGUGUAUAAUGCAUAUCCUUUCCCCCUUAAGAAUCCUGUUUCGCCUCAUAACUGGGAGAGAGGCUGUGCCUGAAACUAGGGGCGACAUCAAGGAAGCUAGAGGCCUCGAUGCAAUUAUUACUGAUUCUGGGGAGGAAUAUAGAGAAUAAGGGGACACCAACUGCCCGGUCCAUUGGCCAUUUUUAAGGGUCCCCCUACCCCAAGCCAAAGUUUGGUUUGUUGCUGUUAAGACAAUUUUUGUUGUAUGUAUAUAAAUAUUUUAGUUAGAGGAGGGGGGAAGGGGAUGCAGGGCUUUCACAGUUCUAGGGAAUGGGGGCAGGGAGGAUUUUGCUUUCGCUUUGAGGGAGAACUUAGCUGACUAAAAGAACAGAAAUUUGGGGUCAUGAUCAAAAAGGGACCAUUCCCAAAAGAUGGCAAGCCACUUACUUAGUGGAGACUAGGCCAGAUUCUAAAUGGUUGUAUCCAUAGCAGGGGAGAAUAGGAGAAUGAGUUUAAGAGUUUUUCUCUUCUUUUUUCCUAGAAAGAGGUAAGGAUAAUGGGAAAGGUAGAGAAGGUAGCUCCCACAGACCUUUUAAGGGAGGCGGAAUCUUGAGCUUGAGGCACCUUUAGUGCAUCUCAGUUCAGCUGGUUCUGGCUGAGGCCUCCGAAGGCAAGCACUGGGCUUUCCAGUGGGUUCUGCUGCAUUUCCAGGGAUGGUGUUUAACACCGCUUCCUCCAGCUCCCUUUUCUAAGACUAAAUGCAGUUCUGCUUUUCAUAAAAGGGUCUUUGGUUUUCAGUGUCAACAGUAAAAAUUGGGGCUCUUAUAAGCAUCUGGACUUCACAGUGUCAAGCUCCCGGUCACCUUUUGAAUUUUGAGACUCCAUACAGUCAACUUCAUCAGAGGCAGGUUUCUCAAAGCAGCAGUGCUUGUCUGUUCGUGAGUCUGGUUCUCACUGUAUUAAGAAAGAGAGUCAGAGGAGUCUGGCAUUUCAUGAGUUUGUUAGAGGAUGCUGGCUGAUAACUCCAGAAAACUUAAUGCUCAAUCACAGUACGUCCAUGAUUCUUUUUCAGCUUUACUGUAUGUAGUUCAUGACCUGCACUUUCUAUACUCUUGGAAGCUGGGCUCCUAAAGGAGGCCUCUAGUGAAAACUUUUAUCUUCACGUCCCUCUUUUAGCCCAGAGAGCUGCCCAUAGGCAUUUUCCAGAAUUCCUUGUGUCACUUAGUUCAGUUUCUAUAUUAACUCAGAUCAGCCAUUGUGAUUCACCAUUUGUCAGGCUCUCAGGUUUAACAAAACCUAUCACCAUCAUCCUCCAACAGCCACAGUCUGAAUUGAGCCAGCGUUUUUUUGUUUUGUUUCUGUUUUUGUUUUUUCCCUUGAGAAAGAAGUGGACUGGGGCACAACUCUUAGUUUGAGGGAAGCUAGCGGACAUCUAGCCAAUAGAAAUCACCGAUAGCAGCUUUUCCUCAAAUGUGUGACUCCUCAGGGGCUGAACUGCUCUUAGUUUAGAAUUAUGCUUUACUAGAGAACAAGCAGAUCAGUGGGUUAGUCACUGCCAUCCUGUAACUAGUUAUACAGCUUCCAGACAUGAGGGAGACAUCACACAGGGAUGGAAGCAACCCCAAGGAUAUGCGAGAAGGGCAUGAUGAACAGCCUUCCCUCUCGGGGAGAGCAAGGUCAACCAAGGACAGACUGGAAAGCACUUAGAUGUUUAAGGAGGGAAAAGGGGAAACUUUGAUGAGCUUUCCCCUUUUGCCAAGUUCAGCCAGUUCUCUGCUGCUUGCAACCCUCUAGCACAGUAACAUUUGCAGAAUUGCAGAUUUUUCCCCCAGAUACUAGGAGGAAAGGGACUUUGGGGGUGGGGGUGGGGAAGGGGUCGUGGUGUUUUAAAAGCAUAAGUUAACCUGUUUGCACUGUUUUAAGAUAGGAAAAAAAUAGUGGGCAAGGUGAACAUCAGACGUAAAUUUGUGUGUUUUUAUUUUGUCAUGCUCUUGAAAAUGUUUGACCAUUUGUAGUAUACACAGUGAAACUUGAUUCUCUGUUGCAUAAAACACUAUAUAUUUUUGGAAAUGUUGCUGUCCAAAAGCCUCUUCCCUCCCUUUGCUUUUCCUGUGUACUUCCUUUAUACUUGCUUUACUGAUCAGCCAGGCAAUAGCCAUGCAAGAGCUGGAGCAUGAAACAGGGCCCUUUCCAAGUAGGCUCUGGGUGUCCUAAGCCAGCGUGUGCCCUCUGGUUUAGUGAGAGCAGUAGAGUCCCUGGCACCUUUCUUUGCAAAUAAGGCUUACAGACCAGACUGCAGCAAAUUAUCAGAUUCCUCAAUCAGAUGCACUAGGAGUGAGGAGCCCAGGAAUGGAGGGGAUUCCUGAAGUAUUGCAGUUGGCUGUAGUAGCUGAGUUCUUAUCCUUGUUACCGAAACUGUAGCCAGUUACAGUUUACUCAGGAAAACGGUAGAUCAGUUCAGCCAUGGUAGUGCUGGUUGGCAGGGAUUGGUAACGGAGAGAACCGCUCAUCAGCCAAAACUCAAGCCCUGCCUCUUAGGAGGCCACCAGCAGAGGGACUUGGUCCUCCUUGUCUGGUAGUCGUGUACAUGCCCAUGACUUGAGGACUCCACUCACACUGGCGAGCAAGAAGGGAACAGUGAUUCUCUUUUCUCUCCCUACCCCCUGCCCUUUGUUACCAACACCAGUUUCCCAGGGGGUACAUGAGUUUUUGAAUUUUUAAAAAAUGUUUUUUGGUUUGGUUUUUCUGGGGCCUAAUAAGUGCUUUAAGCAAUGUCUAUACCCCAUCAAGACUCCCAGCUUAGUCAUUUUCUUGUGUUUUUCUGUUCACAGUAUUUGUGUGUGUGCUUGUUUUGGCAGCUCAUUUUGGCUGUAUUAUAUAUCGAGUGAUGAAUUGAUUCUCUUUUUUUCCCUAAGGGGUAUGAAUUGUUUUUCUUGUGUUAUAUUCUGCUUGUGAAUAGCUGGAGCAAACCUGGGGCUGACACACGUAAGCUAGGGCUGCAAAGUGAGAAGAGAGCCGGUGGAGUGUACUUGUCCCUGACAGGCUGACCUACCUGAGUCUCUGAGCUUUUCAGUCCAAAUCUUUGCAAGGCUCAAAAUGCCACAGAACCUCUCCUCUUCUCCCUACUCCCCAUGGCAGGGACCGGACCAUCCCUACAUGCAACAUGCUGUUCCUCAGCCCCUCCCAUUGCCAUGGCAAAACAGGUACCUUUGGGGCAUGGGGCAUUACAUGGGAUGCUUAUGUAAUCGACCACCUAGCCUUCUCUCUCCCCUCCCGACCUCCCCCAGAAUCACUUCCUAGGACACCCGAGCUGCUUGCCCAGGGUCCUGUUUCCCUGCUAACUCCAGAGAAGCACCCCAGGGCUUUGUGACAGUCUCGAAUUCCCUUCCCUUCUCGUUAAGAAUCAUAUUGUAUAGUAGCUUUCAGACCAUACAGUAUUCAUUGGGUUACUCCUAUUAUUAUCAAGUAGCUGGAAUUGUGAAGUUCGGAGUAGUUAGAUCUUUAGCUUUUAUUCCUUAUUUUUUUGUAUUACUCUCCAUGUGUAUAAAUUAUUGAUCAUGUUGCUGGCUUUUAUAAACUCUAAGCAAAGGAGGAGCACUGCCUCAGCCUUUGCAUAUGGUAAUGAAGCACUGUUUUUAAAUAAAAGAGAGAAACACCA